CUGGGGAACCUUUUGCGCGGAUCCGUGUCUCUUUCUCCACAACUAAUACAAGACAAGUCGCUUCAUUGCAAGUUAACACUACGGUUUGGGUGCGAAACUAACCGUUGCUACCAAGUUUAGAUACUUUCCCUGAACAAAACCACACCUUUAUCCACAAUGAUCCCAGAGCUAUCCAAUCCCUCUGUGUGUAUGAAGGACCCUCAGCGGGUAGAGGAGAUCCUCUUGGCCAUGCAGAAAGCUGGCUCCAACACUCUGCAGGUGAUUUCAGAUUUUGACAUGACCCUUACAAGGUUUGCUUACAAUGGGAAACGCUGCCCCACCUGCCACAAUAUCCUUGACAACAGCAAGCUUAUCAGUGAAGAUUGCAAAGAAAAGCUGAAGGAGCUGCUUCACACAUACUACCCCAUCGAGAUUGACUCAACUCUGUCAGCAGAACAGAAGUUGCCCCUCAUGGUGGAAUGGUGGACCAAAGCCCAUACCCUGCUGAUAGAGCAGCGGAUAAGGAAAGACUGGCUGGCCCAAGUGGUCCAGGAGUCUGAAGCUAAGCUGAGGGAUGGCUUUCAGCUGUUCUUCGACCACCUGCAGGAGCACAGCGUCCCCCUGCUCAUCUUCUCUGCUGGGAUCGGGGACGUCCUGGAGGAGGUGAUCCGCCAGGCGGGGGUCUUCCACCCCAACGUCAAGGUCUUCUCCAACUACAUGGACUUUGAUGAGGCUGGUAUCCUGAGGGCUUUCAAAGGAGAGCUCAUCCACAUCUACAACAAGAGGGAAGGCGCUCUGCUCAACUCGGACCACUUCCAGGAGCUGAGCCACCGCCACAACAUUCUGCUUCUGGGCGACUCUCUGGGGGAUCUGAACAUGGCUGACGGCGUUCACAACACCGAGAACAUCCUCAAGAUAGGAUACCUCAACGACAAGGUGGAGGAGAGGAAGCAGUCAUACCUGAACGCUUUUGACAUCGUCCUGUUGAAGGACGAGACCCUGGAGGUGGCCAACGCCAUACUGCUUUACAUCACAGGGAAGAAGUGAACUGUGGAUUAUGUUACUGGCCAAUCAGUAAGUGGCACUAAACCGCCACAGGGAUGGGGUUGUCAUUUUAUAUAAGGUACAUACUUUUUUGUAUGUAUCUCUGGGUACAAAUACCGGAGGAUUUUCUAAAUGAUUCCUAUGCUAGUCUUGUUGAAGACCAUUUUAAUGUAACAGAAUCAUCUCAGAGUUUUACCUUCUUGUUAUACAGUUAAGGUUAGGAAAUAUCAAAGCCUCAACUGAUUGGACUAAAAGCUGGGGCUUAUUCCAGUGUCAGUAAUGCUACUAAUGGAAUGCAUGGCCUUGAACAUGCAUGUGCUGGCUUGUGUGGUAUUGGUUUGUAUUGUUUUCAGUUGUUUUUUUUCCAUGUGGGUGAAACUUGAAGGAAGUAUAACUUUGCCAUACGUGGCUCAUUAUUCGGGAUUUGUAUUCUUAAUGUGUUGCAAUGAUAAAGGGAAACAAUAUUGUUUGUGGCAUAGGAUA